ACUCUCGAUACUAAUCUAAUGUCUGCCUUGUCAUCCGUAAUUAUCAAUGCUUCUACCAAACAGACUGCAACUGUGGUGUGGAUGCACGGCUUGGGCGAUUCCGGUGCUGGCUGGUCCUUCCUCGCCGAACAACUUUCUGGUCUGUUUCCUUAUGUAAAGUGGAUUCUUCCCAACGCGCCCUCUAUUCCCGUUACCCUCAACGGUGGAAUGUCCAUGCCAGCCUGGUUUGACAUCAAGGAGCUCGGACGCAAGAACGCAACCUCUGAAGAUCGCGAUGGCAUGCUUCAGUCAGUCACCACAAUCAACAAGAUCCUCAGAGACGAGGUUGACAAGGGCAUUCCUGCCAACCGUAUUGUUCUUGGUGGUUUCUCCCAGGGAAGUGUAAUGUCGUUGUUGGCCGGUUUGACUUCGGAAUACAAGUUGGCCGCUAUCAUUGGUUGCAGUGGAUGGCUCCCUAUGCCUGACAGAAUCCAAAAUAUGGCAUCUGAUGCCAACAAGAAGACCCCUAUUUUGAUGUGCCAUGGUGAUGCCGAUCCAGUAGUUAACUAUACUUUUGGUAAGGAAUCUGCUGAACGCCUCCAGCAGUUGAAGUACGAUGUUGAAUUCAAGACCUAUCACAACUUGGGUCAUUCAGCUGCACCCCAAGAGUUGUUGGAUAUCUCGAGCUUUCUCAAAAAGAACAUCCCCUCUGUUUAACUUAUAUGUAUAUAAAAGAAAAUACUUUUUUUUUCUCUCUUUAAAUUAUAUAUAUUAUGUUACUGUAUUUU